AUGUUUCUCGACAUCACCAAAUUAUUGAUUGUUUUAAUAAGUUGUUCUAGAUGCGCUAUGCUAUUAACUGAACAGCAAUCCAUGGAACAGGAUUUAAAUACAACCAUUGUAUACAAAUACAUGAAGGUAAAACAACUAGCUGCUCCAGUAAUCGAAAACCUUGGACAAUAUGAACGGGUAUUGAAUUUACAUGACAAUUCCGAGAAGAUCAACAAUGAAAAUUUGAUGCUUUUUAGCAGUAGAUCUAUUCUGUAUGGUACAUCAAUUUAUGCAUAUUACAGCAAAAUGAACAUGUGCCAUAUGGAUACACGAACCAAAUCAAUGGAAUUAAUCAAUCUCAUCAAACAGGAAUAUAGUGGACUUGUGGAAAGCAACUUAGGCGUCUUAUUAGACCUGGACUAUUACGCUAUGUUGGAUAAUUUGAUACAGGUAUUGAUCAAAUAUGACAAAUUACAAAGCUAUUUUAGAAGGAGUUUCAGUGAAAAUAAGACAGUAGAACAGCUAUUUGAGGAUGUCAAUGCAGUGAUUGCGUUGAAGCAGGAGUUGAAAUCAGUCAUAGAAUUGCUGUAA